AUGUUUAUUUAUAUGAGUAAGAAGAUCGCUAUACCUAAACAGUCAAGCGUUACUUGUUUAGCAUGGAAUCAUUCAUCUGGGUAUAUUGCUGUUGGAGGUGAAGAUGGAAUGCUCAAAGUUUUAAAAUUGGAAUCCGGUGGUGGAGGCAAUUUAUCUAUGAAUCUAAGCCUAGAAGGUCACACAGGACGGGUUUGCAUUGCUAUUUGGAAUGAAAUAUUUCAAAAACUGACAACUAGUGAUGAGCAUGGUGUAAUAAUUGUCUGGAUGCUGUAUAAGGGUUCCUGGUAUGAAGAAAUGAUAAAUAACAGAAAUAAAUCCACCGUGAGUGGUAUGGCUUGGGGAUCUGAUGGCCAGAAAAUAUGUAUAGCAUAUGAAGAUGGUGCAGUCAUUGUAGGCUCAGUGGAUGGUUCCAGAGUAUGGGGAAAAGAUAUAAAAGUUCCUGGUUUAAAAGCUGUUCAAUGGUCACCAGAUAAUUCAACUCUACUGUUUGCUAUAUCUAAUGGGGAACUGCAUUUGUAUGAUGACCAAGGAAAUUUUAUUAUGCCAAUAGCAUGUAACAGUAUUUCUAACGGAAUUGAAAUCAUCUCAAUGGACUGGUAUUCUGGGAAGACCCCUGUUAAUCGACCUGUGCUAGCGAUAAGCUACAAAAGCGGUCUAAUUAUGUUGAUGAAGACUUGCAUAGAAGAAGAAAGCGUGGUAAUUGAAACAAAUAUGAAUAUAAUCGAUUGCUGUUGGAAUCACAAUGGCUCUGUACUGGCUGUGGCUGGGCUUACUCAAGACCAAGCUAACGUUGUACAGUUUUUUAAUGCUUUUGGAGAAAACGUACGAACCUUAAGGGUGCCAGGCGGUUCCAUGCGGUCUGUAUCGUGGGAGCAGCAUUCCCUAAGACUAGCAAUAGCCGUCGACUCCUUCAUAUACUUCGCUAAUGUGAAACCUGACCACAAAUACUCAUUUUAUGGGAACACUCUUGCGUUUGUUUCGGGGACCGAAACUGUCACGUUUUGGGAUACAAUCACGCACCAGUCGUGGAUAAAUCAUAUACCCGACGUAAUAGACAUGUGCGGUGUAGAGGAAUACUGUAUUAUAGCAACGAUGGAUUCAUUGAUAAUACUUAAUCAACAAGGCAUUCAGUGUGAUGCUAAGUCAGUACCGGUGCCGAUGUGUUUCGUUACUAUCAACAGCAAGGCCAUUGCGGUCGCCGCUUCCAAGGAUACAUUUCUUAUAUGGAGGUUUUCUACACCAACCAGACCUCGCAUAACAGAACAAGUUUACCACGCAGUUGGCUCUCCUAUAGUGUCGGGCGAAGCUGGUUUCCACGACGACACUAUUUGUUGCAUAUCCUGUUCGGAUACUCAUCUCUUAAUAAACAUGAAUACUAAGCCAUACAAAUUAGGUUUGAAUUGUAACUCGAGUAAAUUCUUUGUAAUAGAUCAACCGGGAUGCCUUUUCAUGCUCGAGACGGAGAUGUCAAAUAACAUAAGUGUGGGGCAAUCUAUACGCAAGGACGUGUGGGGUGCGAUAUGGGCAAGCGACAACUCCCGCCUUCUCGCCAUUGCCGAAAAAGCUCGCCUCUACGUUAUGCGCGACCACGACCCUGAAGAGCCACUCUCUAUGAACGGAUAUUUGUGUGCUUUUAAAGAUUUAGAAAUCACAACAGCUCUACUCGACAGCUUAAACGAAAAAUGUACACCCCAGAACAUUGUGCGCGUGGAAGUUAAGUCACUUAGAGAUACAAGACAACUUAUCGAAAAAGUCGGUUUGAAAGAAGCCGAAAAUUUCAUUAAAGAUAACCCUCACCCCAAACUAUGGUUAUUAUUGGCUGAAGCUGCUUUAAAAAACUUCGAGUCAGAGUCGGCUUUAGAAACAGCAGAGGCUGCAUUCGUAAGAAGAAAUGACUACGCUGGAAUUCGAUUUGUUUCUCGUUUGAAUGGUUUGCAUUCUAACGCGCUUAAAAAAGCGGAAAUUUUAGCUUAUUUCAAGGAUUUUGAUGCUGCCGAGGAGAUAUACCACAACGAAGAUAGACGUGAUUUAGCGAUAGGAUUGAGAAAACGCUUGGGUCAUUGGUUUCGCGUGGUAGAAUUACUCAAAAUGUCUGUUACUACGACUGAAGCUCAAGUCAAACAAGCCUAUAGCAAUAUAGGAGAUCAUUAUAUUGACAGACAGAAUUGGGCUAGUGCUAUAGAAUAUUAUUCUAUGUCGAAUAACUCUGAUGGUUUGAAAAAGUGUUACAUGGCAAUGGAAGAUAGCUCGGCCCUCGCUAAGCUAAUGUCGCCCAGAACAAAAAUAGAUGGGACAGGAAAGCAAAUACGUGUAGAAGAUAAAAUUGACACAAAUCAAAAACCAUCGAUAUUCCGAAUAACUAAAUUAAAAGAGAACGGAAAAAUGUUACAAGCAGCGGCUAUGGCUUUCCAGUUAGGAAACUUAGAAGCAUCGAGAAAUAGUUCGCCUUGGAAAAUAAAGAUGUUAUAUGUACUUUCAGGCCACAUGUAUAGCCAGAGUUCUGUCGAAGGUGCCAAGAGUCGCGAAGCUGUGCGGGCAUAUCGAGCGGCACGAGCACAGCACUGGGCGUGUCUAGCGAUAGCACGAGCCCGCGCACAACCCUUUCGUUCCGAUGCAGCUUUGCGCGCGGCUGCCCGCCUAGCUGCCGUACAAGACGAUUUACACCAAGCUCAGCAUCUGCAGGCUUGGUGUACAAUUGCAGUUAUAGCAAUACAAGCCAGAGCGUUUGAUUUAUGUUCUAAGGCCUUUAUAAAGCUUGAGGCACUCGAACCUAAUACAUUUGAAAAUUUAGGCAUAGAAAUUUUCACAAAAUGUAAGCCACGAGAUGGUAAGAGCAACAAAAUAGACUGUGCUAAUUGCCAGUUCCCUAUGCUAGAUUGGAUGGUGUCAUGUCCUGGAUGUCACACGGAAUAUCCUGGGUGUGUAGUGACUGGACGCACAUUAAUUGGAGUGCAUACAGUAUGGACUUGUUCCAAGUGUAAUUCUCAGGCACAACAACAUGAGCUUGUUCUCAGACAUUCUUGUCCUACGUGUCACACACAGCUUACUUAG